AAACGGCUUAUUCUAAGUAAGAUGCCCAGUGGCAUUUAAACUGCCAAAAACCAUAGACGAAGAAAUAGAGGAAAAGAAGAAUAAGAGGAGGAGGAGGUGAGAAAUCAGUGCAUUCUUCAGACGGCUGCGGUAGGAUGGGUCGCGGUGAGGAGCUCAGUGACUUUCAGCGGGGCACUGUGGUCGGAUGCCACAUGUGUAAGAAAUCCGUCCGUGAGAUUUCUGCAAUGUUAAACCUGCCGCGGUCCACCGUGAGCGCUGUGAUUUUGAAGUGGAAACGUGGAGGAAUAACGACGGCUCUGCCACGGAGCGGCCGACCGCACAAGCUCAAAGAGGAGGACCGUCAAGUGCUGGAGAAGGUAGCGCUGGAAAAUAGUUUGCCCACGGUGGAAGCGCUCACCACCGAGUUUCAGACUGCCUCCGGGGCCAACGUGAGCUCCAGAACCGUCCGCCGGGAGCUUCAUGAGAUGGGCUUCCGUGGUCGAGUGUCUUCAUACAGCAAGCAUAAAGGAGGGGAGGAAGCAGAGGCAGCCCCGAGCCAAGAGGAAGACACGGUGGACGUGUCUCGUCUGGACCUGCGUGUUGGACGUAUUAUCACAGCUCUGCAGCUUCCAGAGACUGACAGUCUUUAUAUGGAGCAGGUCGAUGUUGGGGAGGCUUCUCCCAGGACAGUGGUCAGCGAGCUCGCUAAGCAUAUACCUGUGGAUCAGAUGCAGAACCGCAUGGUCGUCCUGCUUUGUAACCUGAAGCCAGCGAAGAUGAGAGGAGUGAUGUCCCAGGCUGUGGUCAUGUGUGCCAGCUCACCAGACAAGGUCGAAAUCCUUGAUCCUCCAAGUGGAGCAGUACCAGGGGACAGAGUUACUUUCCAGGGCUUCCCAGGCGAACCGGACGAAGAGCUGAACCCCAAAAAGAUGGUGUGGGAGCAGAUUCAGCCAGACCUACGCACAGACGGCCAGUGUGUUGCAACUUACAAAGGAGCUGCCUUUGAAGUUGUCGGCAAGGGAGUGUGCAAAGCCCGAACCAUGAGCGACACUGAAAUCAAAUAAACUAACAUAGCUGCUCAAAAUACAGUAGCUCAGUACGAAUCGCUGCAGCCAGACAGGAUCCAAAAUGUUGUGGAAAGCCUCUCUAGAAGAGUGGAAGCUGCAUGUUAAUAAUGCCCACAGUUUUGGAAUGAGAUGUCCAACAAUCACAUGGCUGUUAUGUUUGAGUGCUCACGGACAGUGAUAGUGAAGAGUAUGCUGCCCUGUGUUGGACGGAUAUGAACAUUACUGUUUCAUUUUUUUUAUAAUGAAAAUCUGAAGUUCUGUAUUUGGCCAAAGGAGGGCACUACAGUAACCAUGAUAAUGUACAGUAUGUGCGUGGUGAGUUUGUUGAAGUGAGACAUGAGAACAUACAGCACAGUCAUAUCCAGCAUGGUGAAAAGAAAAUUGCAAUUUUCUUCAAAGAAUCCCUUUUGGUUGGGGAAUAUGUGAUUUAUAAUUUAAGUGUUUUCCCAUGACGCCACAGUGGUCAUUUCCACUGAACAGUGGAUGAAACUCAACAGUGCAGAAUUCCCAUUGAAAAAGGGGACACUGAACAGUUUUACUUAGUUUUACUUUCUUUUGACAGCGAAUGAUUGAUUUGGAAAUGAGCAGGGAAAUUACUUUAAAAUGAGGUUGUUUUACCUAACUAAAUAUUACAUAUGUAUGUAAGGUCAGUUCAUUGUUAACAGUUAUCUAAGCUUCUUCAGUUUAAGUCUGGUGCUGGCAAAUGAUGAGUGUUUUAUGUAUCAGUACAAAUAGUCUGUGGAAAGUUUGGUUUGAAGGAUGUAUCUUUACCUAUUACAGCAUUAUAUCUGAGGUCCAGACAAUGUUCUCUUCAAAAAUCCUCCUUUUGUUUAUCUGUAGUUUCUGAGUUCUGAGUCGUUUAUUUGGAUGUAAAUGCAGAUGUUUGUACUAUUUCUUCAAAAAAGAUGUUUUGUAUCCAUCCUGCUAUUGUAGAUUGUUACUCAGCUCUUCAGAUAUUGUAACAGCUUCGUUAAACCUUGGCUUUUAUAUGUCCUUGAUGAAACAUGUUUGUGUCUCAGCUUGGAUUCAUGACUCAACAUUUACAAGAAGUACAUCAACUUCAUCAAAUAUGCUAAACUGCUUCAAGUGCUACAUUUGAUUGCUGCUAACCCUAUUUAUUAUUGAAGGGCAAAAAAAUAAAUAAACCAACAUGUCUUGGUUUUGAAACAAA